AUUGCGCGAGAUUACUAUGGCAAUGGAAUAAAUCUUUAUGUGAGGAAGCUGACGUGAGUGGUUGGAAUUCGCUGCACUAUGCUGUUUAUCUAGGAUUGAAAGAAGCAGUUUCUGAUAUGCUGGAGUGGAAGAAAUCCUUAGCCUACCUUCCAGCAGGCAGUGAAAAUCGCUGGACGACAACGUUUCACAUUGCAGCCAGUGCAGGUGAUGAAAACAUGAUAAAUGAGUUAUUAAAGUACUGCCCUGAUUGCUGGGAAAUGCUUGAUAGCAGAGACCAAAAUGCUCUUCAUGUUGCCAUAUUCAACAAUCAAUAUAUGUUAGUUAAUUCCUUAUUGAAGUCCAGGAAGUGGGAUAGCCUUGCUGACGAUGCAGAUAAUGAUGGCAACACUCCUCUCCAUUUGCUUGCCGCCUCUAUUUAUUGGGCCCAUGUGCCUGUGAAAUUAAGAGAAAAUCCCAGAGCAAAGAAGAUGUCAUUUAACAAAGAAAACCAGACUCCGCUUGACGUAGCAUUGUCUUGCAUAAAGAGGACGACAAACAAGGAAACUAUCAGUGACAGCAUGUAUCGCGAUUUUGCUAACAUUGGUCGAUUGGGAGGACGUGAAACUCCGGUGAACACACCGGAUGAAAUUUAUCUACAGAGGGAGAAUUUGAAGCAUGCUAAGGAACGUGAAACAGAAAUCAAAGGCAUCAUGUCGGCAGCUCAAAUACAUCUAGUUGUGGCCACUCUAUUAGUUACAGUCACCUUUGCCGCUGGUUUCACAUUGCCAGGAGGUUUUGACAGCGAUUCAAAUAGCCCUAAUGAAGGGAUGGCGAUUCUAACAAGAAAAGCAGCGUUCCGUGUAUUUGUUAUUACGGAUGUCAUUGCCUUUGCAUGCUCAGCUGGUGCUAUAUUCAGCUACUUCAUCAUGGCAAUAAAUCAUCGACCAACGUCCUAUCAGGAUUUGAGAAUUCUGUGGGCUCUCAGUAGAGUCGCAAGUCUGUUGCAGCUUCUGGCAAUGUUAGCAGUGGUAAUUGCAUUUGUAACUGGUAUAUAUGCGACUUUAGCACAUUCACUGGGUCUCUCCAUUACU